UCCUUAUAAUCUUCCUCCUUGGAAAUGUUUUAAGGACCCAUUCAUGAUGAUGUCAUUGCUUAUUCCUGGUCCUCAAGCACCUGGAAAGGAUAUUGAUGUUUAUUUGCGUCCUUUGAUUGAUGAUUUGAAAGAGUUAUGGAGUGAUGGUGUAGAGACACUUGAUGCGUCAACUGGGGAGUGCUUUAAGAUGCAUGCCGCUGUUUUAUGGACCAUAAAUGACUUUCCAGCUUAUGGGAAAUAGAUACAAAGUUCGAACACAGGACCCCCUAGAAACAGGACAGAAAGCCCCAGUUCUAGUACUUCAAUCAUCUUUACAUAGGCACUACAAAGCUAAAACAGCCUAAGGAUAAAAAUUAAACCUCUCACGCUGUUUUGCUAGUGGAGAUGUUGGUGUUCCUCUACAAUGGAUAUAUUGGAUGAUCUGGCCUCACCAAUGUGUCUUCUGUCCUCUUUGUGUUCUGAAAUAGUCUUUGAAUCCUCUCCUGCCAUAGGUAAUUUAUCUGGAUGGAGCACUAAGGGAUACAUGGCAUGUCCUACUUGCAAUAAGGAUGCACCUUCACAGAGGGUAAGAAGUAAAAUCUGUUACAUGGGUCACCGUCGGUAUCUUGAAGCUAGCCACCCAUGGAGAAGAAGCAAGAAAUUUGAUGGGAAGACAGAAAAAAGAAUAAAACCAAAAGAGCUCUCAGGAGAUAAUGUCUUGCAACAAUUGGAUUUACUCAGUACUGAUAAACCAGGAAAACACUCAAAUAAUAAGAAAAAUAAACGUCUUCCUGAAGAGUUGAAUUGGGUGAGGAGAAGUAUUUUAUUUGAGUUACCAUAUUGGAAGAGCUUGAAGUUGCGGCAUAAUUUAGGUGUCAUGCACAUAGAAAAGAGCAUUUGUGAGAGUAUUCUGGGGACUUUAUUAAAUAUUGAUGGGAAAACUAAGGACACAUAUAAAGCAAGACAAGAUCUUAAGGAUAUGAACAUAAGAAAAGAACUAUGGUUGCAACAUGAUGGUUCUAGUUGUACAAUGCCACCGCUUGUUAUACUAUGUCAAAAAAAGAGAAAAAAAGUUUUGGGCAUUUGUAAAAGAUGUUAAAUUUCCUGAUGGUUAUGCUUCAAAUAUCUCAGGGUGUGUAAGUGAGGAUGAUGGUGAAAUAAGUAGACUCAAAAGUCAUGACUAUCAUGUCCUGUUACAACAAGUGCUACCUAUUGCUAUUCGUGGAUUUGAAAAUAAAAAUGUCUCUUCAUCAUUGAUUGAGUUAGGCGAUUUCUUCCAACGAUUAUGUUGUAAGACAUUGAGACGAGAUGACUUAGAACAACUUGAAAGGGAUAUAAUUGUUAUAUUAUGUAAGCUUGAGAUGAUCU